AUUGGCCGAUUAGUGAGUGACAUGCGCACCACCAGCCAAUGAGAGCAAAACCAAGGGACAAAACUCAGGUUCCCCAGCAAUAUGGCUGUCAGUAUAAAUUUGAUGCUUGUAACAUGAGUUUCUCUCCGAGAAAUUUGACAAGCGUAAGCGUGGUUUCGCGUUACGCGCGGCGUGAUGUGACUUUCGCGUGUCCGGUAAUGCAGAAAUGGCAAUGCGUACCAGCUGAAGCCGGAGCAAGACAACCAGAACGGUAUCUAAGAAAGCAGUCCAAGGCAUUCACAAGUAAUCUACUCAGCAAUAUAAUUUAUCAUCAUGACGUCAAGAUUAGAUCGACUAUUUAUAUUAUUAGAAACUGGAACAAACGCAGUUACCAAAAGAGCAGCUGCACAACAGUUGGGAGAAGCACAGAGAUUACACCCUCAUGAUCUGCACCACUUAUUAGCGAGAGUCUCUACCUUGUUAAAAUCUUCACAAUGGGAUACUAGAAUAUCAGCGGCCCAUGCUGUACAAGCUAUACUUGCUCAAGUUCCAUCUUGGGACCCACAGCCAAUUAAAAAGGAAAUCUCUAGAGAUGAGUCAGAAGUAACUAAACGCAAGACUUCCACUACUACCAGAUUGAAUUUAGAGUCUUUUGAUAUGAGCAGAGUUCUAGCUCGUAGUUCACAUCUUACUGGAUCUGAGGGCAGCGAAUAUGAUCUAACUAUAUCGGAAGGAGAGCAAUUGUCACUUCCCAGUCAGCAAGAAAAAUUAGCUGCAAAGCUAGGUCUUCAUCCACGUCUGAUAGGUGUUGAUGAUUUGUUUACUGUUGAUGAUCUUACCCCAAUACAGACACCAUGUACAACACAAACUGCUACUAUACCUGUUGACGAAACUUUGAAACAACCAGGAGGAUUAAGCAGAAGAGAGAUGAAUAGAGCAAAACGCAAGGCACGUCAGUCAGUAACAAAACAACGAUCACGUGAACCGGAUGAUAAUCGCACUAAUGAUGAUCAUUUAAAUUCAAUAAAUGUUCAAUCUCCAGUAAAUAAUAUUGGUGAACCACCGACCAAAAAAAUCUUAUUAGAGGAUAUGAUCUCAUUGGAUCCUAGUUCAAAAUGUGGUAUAUCUGAACAAGUAAAUGGAGUGCCAGAUAGUACUGGAUGCUGGCCAGAUUCCAUUGUAGAUUGGCCCUUAGAAUCCUUUGCGGAAAGUCUUUGUCAAGAUUUAUUUUGUCAAAAAUGGGAAGUUCGUCAUGGAGCAGCUACAGCUUUACGGGAACUUAUAAGACUUCAUGGGAAAGGAGCAGGCAAGUCUACAGAUCAAACCCUAGAAGAAAUGCAAGAGAGCCAUUAUGAAUGGGUGAUUGACGCUGCCUUACGAUUGUUGUGUGUAUUAGGGCUUGAUCGAUUUGGAGAUUUUGUGUCUGAUCAAGUUGUUGCACCAGUACGAGAAACAUGUGCUCAAGCAUUGGGAUCACUCUUUCUGUUAGUGCCUGCUGGUCCAAAUACCAAAGAUGCAAAUGAUAUUUUUCCUGGAAUACUUUCUGUAAUUCUCAAACUGUUGGAACACAACGAAUGGGAAGCAAGACAUGGUGCAUUUCUUGCUUUAAAAUAUUUAUUAGCUGUACGAGACGAUCUAUUGGACGAGGUAUUGCCAAAAGUAUUUCCCGCUAUUAUGCAAGGAUUGUCUGAUCCUGUCGACGACGUAGGCGCAGCCGCUGCAAGUGCGCUUAUACCAGUAGCACAUGCUCUUCCACGAUUGUUAAAACCAACAGAACUGGAAGCUAUCGUAAUACGUCUUUGGCAAUUAUUAAAAGAACAAGAUGAUCUAGCUGCAGCUUGUAAUACCUUUAUGGGUCUUUUAGCCGCAAUACUCUCAUUACCAGCAGCACAUGCUUGCUUGAUGCCUCAACCAUUAUCACAGGUAUUACCGCGUUUAUGGCCAUUCCUCAACCAUUCAAGUUCAAGUGUACGUAAAGCCACGUUGCAAACGCUGCAAACUUUAACUGCAAAUGACGGCGAUUGUAAUAAAAAUAAAAAGGAACGAUGGGGCGAAGGUGGCGGAUUAGUUUUACAAGAAGCAUUGAGGCAUGUGUUUCAGUGCGUGCUAAUAGAACAUAUUAGCAUGAUACAAGACGUAGCUGAACGUGUUUGGAAAAAUCUAGUCGUGCAGAGUGAUCUCGAAUUAUUGCUACACGCAGCGUGCCCUCACAUUAGCACAUGGCUUUGCCUUGCCAUGCAACCAGAACAUGUGCCAUUCAAUCCAAACUUGUUAAUGACAAUCACUAGUACUAUUAAAGCCACAAAGAAUAAUCAAACCUCGCCAAACGUUGCUUGCUACGACGGGCAAUCAGACACUAAUGGCGUAAACAGUAAUAUCAAUGCAAAUACAAAAUCCUUAUCUGAAUUGAAAAUGUAUAUUGGUGGGAUUGAAACAGUGACGCUAAAUGUACGAAAAGCGAAUGUAGUACAGGCUCGUUGUAGAGCAUCUCGCAUGUUAGGAUUAUUAUCAAACUAUGUUGUACAACCUGCACCAGGUGUUGUGUACCCACCAGAUGUGCCUAGUCCAGCAAUUUGUUAUGCUAAGGUAUUAUUGGCACAUCUCAAUUCGCGAUCGGCGUUGCAACGUACCAUUGUAGGACUUACAAUGUCUCAUUGGGCGACCGUCGAUCCAUCGAAGAUACCCGUAAUACCAGAUAUACUUAGUGACAGAUUGUUGGCUUGUUUAAACGAUUGUAUGUAUUAUGAUGAGAUUGCUGCUUCCUUCACCCGAUUAUUGCAUGAAAGCCGAGAUUACAUCGCAACUUUAAAACAUUAUAAAUUGAUGGUACCAGUUGAAAUGGAUUUAUCUGGCGUGAUGACUCUUGAUCAGAUCACUGCACUUGCUAGAAAAACCAUUUCCACUCUUUGUGCUAUGGGAGCAAACGUAGGUGGAAGUGGAAAUAUUAGCGGCAAUUCAGUAACUAUUAAAUUGAAACCUAAAUUAAUGGAGAGCUUAGAGGAGAGGAGGCGAGCCUUGGAUAUCGGAGCGGCUACGACGGCAGCACAACAACAAUCAUUGCACAUUAUGUCAAUGGCUGCGCUUGCUGGUGCCGCUACGAUGUUACAUAUCCUUCCUCAAUCUCCUCAGCCACUUAAUCCGUUAGUAAAACCGCUAAUGGAAGCUAUAAAACGCGAGGAAAAUGAGGAAUUGCAAAAACUAGCUGCAAAGCAUUUAUCUCAUUUGAUCGAACUUUGUGUUGAUAGAACACCUUCUCCAAAUGCAAAGAUUUCCACCAAUUUAUGUACAUUCCUAUGUUCCGAUAUUGAAUUUACACCACGAGUAUGUUGUACCAGCGAUACUGACGUUUUUGAUGGAAUACUCACUUUGAAUAAUAGACAGAAACAUGCCGAGAGAAUAGCAUACAAUCGUGGUGCAGGUAGCGGAUUCGGCAGCGGUAGAGGUCCUGGUAGACCACCAACGACUGAGAUUCCUGUUGAGGAAUUACUUGCUUGUGACGAACCAGAAGCAAAAGCUGCUAGAACACGCCGCCGCGGAGCUACAUUGGCAUUAACAGCUAUAGCUACUUUUUUUGGUGCUCAACUACCUAAUCGCUUACCUCAUCUGUGGGAUUUAAUUUUACCAAAUACACUGAAAGACACGACCAAACAAGACAAUAUACAAGAAGAGGAAGGAAAUCAAUUGAUUUUCAGUUUACAAGUAUUAGAGAUCAUGGUGCCGAGUUUAGAUAAGUUUUUGUUACCAGCUGCGCUAGAGUGUCUACCACGUUUGUGCAAUUUAUUAGCACAUCCGUACAAAGCCGUCAGGCAUAUGGCCUCACGAUGUAUAGCUACAUUAGCUACUCUAAAUACAGAAAAGACAAUGAUACACAUAAUACGCAGUGUUAUACCACUCUUAGACACCACUGGUGGUGAGAAGAAAUGUUCUGCAGGCAUAGUGGCACCGAAUAAAGUCGAUUCUGUACGCCAAGGAGCUGCAGAAGCUCUAACUUGUAUUGUUGAGAGCUUAGGUGUACAAGUGGUGCCAUAUGCAGUACUCUUUAUGGUACCCUUACUAGGACGUAUGAGCGAUCAAAAUCAAUCAGUGAGAUUAGUUUGUAGCGCAACAUUCGCUACGCUUGUGCAAUUAUUACCACUAGAUCCUGGCGCAAUUGCGGACCCUCCAGAUUUAGUACAAGAAAAGGCACAAGAGAGAAAAUUCUUAGAUCAACUGCUGAAUCCGCGUAACAUCCCUGAUACGGAGCUACCGAUUCCUGUAGCUGCGGAAUUACGUUCUUAUCAACGCCAAGGCUUGAAUUGGCUCAAUUUUUUGAAUCGUUACCAUCUCCAUGGAGUUUUAUGUGACGACAUGGGUCUUGGAAAAACAUUACAGACGCUCUGCAUUCUAGCAUUGGAUCACUACCGUAACCCCGAGGCACCGACCAGUCUAGUAGUAUGUCCGCCAACUCUCACUGGUCACUGGGUAUAUGAAGCUGAAAAAUUCUUCCAAGUGAAUGAUUUGUCAGUUAUUCAGUAUGCCGGUACGCCGCAAGAUCGCGACAAAUUGCGUCCCCGAGUGCUACAUCAUAAACUCGUGGUUGCAAGUUAUGAUAUUGUACGAAAAGACAUCGAAUUCUUUGAGGCACAUCAAUGGAAUUAUUGUGUGCUUGAUGAAGGACAUGUAAUAAAGAAUGGCAAAACGAAAAGCGCUAAAGCCACGAAGCGAUUGCACGCAAAUCACAGGCUCAUAUUAUCUGGCACACCUGUACAAAACGAUGUGCUCGAAUUGUGGUCUCUGUUCGACUUUCUAAUGCCGGGUUUCCUUGGUAGCGAGAAACAAUUUGCUGCUAAAUAUUCUCGUCCCAUCUUAGCUUGCAGAGAGCCCAAGGCAGGACCAAAGGAACAAGAGGCUGGUGCUUUAGCUAUGGAGGCUCUUCAUAGACAGGUGUUGCCGUUCUUAUUGAGAAGAAAUAAGGAAGAUGUGCUGCAAGAUUUACCACCUAAAAUCACGCAAGAUUAUUACUGCGAUUUAUCGCCUUUGCAACGCAUACUUUACGAAGAUUUCCGCACUCGUCAUUCGGCCCUCACUGCUAAUCCUUCGUCUUCGAAUGAUACUCAAAGUAGCCACGUUUUCGAGGCAUUACGAUACUUGCGUAAUGUGUGCAAUCAUCCCAAAUUGGUGCUAAGUCAAGGGCAUCCACUAUAUCGAACAGUGUGUGAUAUGUUAAAACAGCAACAAAGCACUCUAGCGGAAAUCGAACACGGCGCCAAGUUACUCGCAUUGAAGCAACUCUUAUUAGAUUGUGGCAUCGGACAGCAACAACAGCAGCAAACUCGCAAUUCUUCCGUCGUGAAUCUUGUCGCAGAAAGCACACAUUCUCAGGAACAGCAAUUAGUCAGCCAGCAUCGCGCUCUAAUUUUCUGUCAGUUGAAAGCAAUGUUGGACAUUGUGGAGGAAGAUUUACUUCGUACACACCUGCCGACAGUAACAUAUCUCCGUCUGGAUGGCAGUGUACCAGCGGCACAAAGACAUUCUGUUGUAACGCGUUUCAAUGCUGAUCCAUCGAUAGAUGUCCUUUUACUGACUACUCAGGUCGGUGGUCUUGGAUUAAACUUAACGGGAGCAGACACCGUUAUAUUCGUGGAACACGAUUGGAAUCCUAUGAAAGAUCUUCAAGCGAUGGAUCGCGCACACCGUAUAGGCCAAAAGAAAGUAGUCAAUGUUUACCGCUUGAUUACUAGAUCGACAGUGGAGGAGAAGAUCAUGGGAUUACAGAAAUUUAAACUUCUCACUGCGAAUACGAUAAUAUCGACGGAGAACGCUUCUUUGGAAACUAUGGCUACUGAUCAAUUGUUAGAUCUAUUUUCAUUGGAUAAUGGAAAGGAGAAAAAGACGGAUCACCAAGAGGAUACUGUUUCGUCGAAACUUCCUGGCCUACCAGGAAUUAGUCGUUCUGUGCUAGAUAUCCUACCCGAACUCUGGGAACAGCAGCAAUACGAUGACGAAUACGAUCUCGACUCAUUUUUAUCCACUCUGAAGGCUGAUAGCCAGUAAGCUUACCCGUACCUUGAUAAUUCAUUCAACGUAGAUUUAGAACUCGGAAAACGCGUGGCUUCAAGUUCGCACAUAAUAUCAAAUAAAAAUAUUGUACUGUAGAAAUCAGAUCCGGUUAACUCUUGGUUGCGUAUAGUUCGAUAAUUAUAGCAUAUUCCAAUGGCCAAAAGCGAUCACUUACGUAAUUUACGUAAUAAUAAAAACUACGCCUGAUUAAGAGUUAACAAGUCUAACUCUGUUGCAAUGGAACAAGUUGUUAAGCCUUAACUAUAAGGAAAAUGACAUUAUAACGUCGUACCUAAACUCAAAUAAUCCGUAAAGGUCCUUCUACAUAAGACGUAAAACGCAAAAUGCAAGUCACAGAUCGUAAACGAUGUGAAAAACGUGAAUAGUAUCAUUGACGCUUCUGAUGGAUUGUCACUUUCAUUUACGACUAGUGACCUACGUUCUAUGUCUUAUGUAGAAUCCUGCGAUAAGUAAAGAUAAAUUAAGGUAUCUAUGCGUAAAGUAAACGUAUGUUUCGUUUAGUUAUAAUAAUUUAUAAAAAUGCCGAUACAAUUACAAUUCCGCAUUUGUACCAAA